CAAUGGUCCCUCCACCACCUCACACAUAUCUAAUCACUUCCCAUUUUCUGAUUUCAUCACACAUCAAUUAUUCAAUUCUUCCACCCUAUUUUACCUAAAACACCCAAUUAUACAAAUCAAUCCCUACUACCGCCAAAAUAUCCCCCUGUUUUCAACUUCCUGUAUCUUCACUUUACACACACACACACACACUAGCCAUGGAUUUCUGAGUUGUUUGAAUUUUUUGAAGGAAAUUAAUUAAUUGAAAAAAAAAAUGGGCGAGGAAGAUGGAUUUAUUAUUACUGCGGAAACUCAAAUGUCGGCGGUGAAGAAAAAAGCAGCGAUUUCGAGGAGCUGGAUUUUGAUAGGGCGCAGCGGAGAAGGUGUAGUACUCGAUUUGGAUAAGUUUGAAAUAAUGAAUAGGGUUCCAAUUAAUGCCAGAGAUCUUCGAAUUCUCGACCCUCUCCUUUCUUACCCUUCUGCUAUUCUCGGCAGAGAUAAGGCCAUCGUCCUCAAUUUAGAGCAUAUCAAGGCGGUUAUAACAACAGAUGAGGUAUUACUAAGGCAUCCACUUGAUGAAAAUGUAAUGCCGAUUGUUGAAGAACUGCAAAGACGGUUGCCUUUGGCCAGCGGCGGCGGCGGCGGAGGUGAAGCGGAAGACGACGAGUUGCCCCAAGCUCGUAAUAACGGAGUUGGGAUUAAUGAACAUAAUGAGUUCCCGUUUGAAUUCCGAGCGCUAGAAGUAGCGUUAGAAGGUGUUUGUAGUAGUCUCGAUGCACAAACUCGAGAGUUGGAAGUUGCUGCUUAUCCUGCUUUGGAUGACCUUACUGCUAAGACUACCAGUGGCAACUUGGAUCGUGUGCGUAAAAUGAAGAGUUCUAUGUCAAGAUUGACGAGUCGGGUUCAAAAAGUAAGGGAUGAAAUAGAGCAACUUCUUGAUGACGACGAUGACAUGGCGGAACUUUAUCUAUCAAGAAAAUCUGCCACAUCAGCUUCCGGUUCCAGUGAUUACGGACAUGGUAACUGGCAUUUCGCAGCAGAUGAUGAUGAAUCUCGGACGACAAUCUCGAAAAUAUCUAGAAGUAGCAGCAGGGCAAGUGCAUUAACCACUUCCCAAGAGGAGAAUAAUGUCGAGGAACUCGAAAUGCUGCUUGAGGCUUACUUUAUGCAAAUAGAAAGCACGAUGAAUAAGCUGACCACGCUGCGAGAAUACAUCGACGACACAGAGGAUUAUAUCAAUAUUCAGUUGGACAAUCAUAGGAAUCAACUGAUUCAGCUUGAGCUAUUUCUAAGUUCCGGCACGGUUUGUUUGUCCGUGUAUUCAUUAGUUGCAGCAAUUUUCGGGAUGAACAUUCCAUAUCCAUGGAGGGAAAGCCAUGGCCACCUAUUUAAAUGGGUGGUGAUGCUUACAGUACUGGCUUCUGGAUCGAUUUUUAUGUCGAUAAUUUCGUAUGCUCGGCACAAAGGUCUCGUUGGUUCUUGAUACAAUUUAUUCGACGUGUACUUACCGCGUGUAUGUUUGUAUCUAGUUUAGUUUUGUCUUGAUUUGGCAAUGUUUGUUGCGAGUGUUGGUUAAUAUUAGCACUGAAAAAAUCAAUGUAUGUUAUUUUUUGUUUACUAAAAUAUUGAAUUUUAUUGAAUUAAUUGAUUGAUUUGCAA